ACAUCACUCUCCAGGCGAUAGCCAUUCACUGCAGAGCAAGCCCACUCAUAUCCAAAUCUUCUUUCUCUCAAGCAGCCGACGCAUCUAUUGACACGAUGGCUGACCAACUGACCGAGGAGCAAAUCUCCGAAUUCAAGGAGGCUUUCUCCCUCUUCGACAAGGAUGGCGAUGGAACUAUCACAACCAAGGAGCUCGGAACGGUGAUGCGCUCGCUCGGGCAGAACCCCACCGAGGCAGAGCUGCAGGACAUGGUCAACGAGGUUGACGCCGACGGCAAUGGAACCAUUGACUUCCCCGAGUUCCUCACCAUGAUGGCGCGCAAGAUGAAGGACACCGACAGCGAGGAGGAGAUCAAGGAGGCUUUCAAGGUCUUUGACAAGGAUGGGAAUGGCUUCAUCAGCGCUGCCGAGCUUCGUCAUGUCAUGACCAACCUUGGUGAGAAGCUCUCAGACAAUGAGGUAGAGGAAAUGAUUCGCGAGGCCGACGUCGACGGUGACGGCCAAAUCAACUACUCGGAAUUCGUCAACAUGAUGAUGAGCAAGUAAAGGAGGUCCCAGCUCUGCUCUGCCCGCGCACUUCUUUGUGGAUCCUCUUGCCAACCGUCGUUGACGAGAUUUUGCCCGUCUAAGCUCAAGAUUCUUUUUCCUGGCAAAUGUAACGAGAAGCUGAGCUUCAUUUCCCUUUCUCCUGGGGCCUAUAUUCCUCGCUUGACUGCCCUAUUCACCUCUCUUUCUCUCUCUUUCUCUCUCUGCCAUCCUCACUGCCUUCUUUCGGCUGUCUCGUGCCGCCGACUUCCUGUGUUUAGGGCGAGUGGGUGAAAUUGCUGCC